AUGAAUGGGAUGCUGACUUUCGGAGAUGAUGAUGAUGAUGAUGAUGAUGAUGAUGAUGAUGAUGAUGAUGAUGAUGAUGAAUCUGAUGAUGAUGAUGAUGAUGAUGAUGAUGAUGAUGAUGAUGAUGAUGAUGAUGAUGAUCAUGAUGAUGAUGAUGAUGAUGAUGAUGAUGAUGAUGAUGAUGAUGAUGAUGAUGAUGAGACAUGA